UGUGGACUGGACAGCGCUUCAGAUUCUGAAUUAGCGGAGGUGAAGAAGAGUUUCCUGACCAGCGGCAGCGUCAGAGGAGAUCCGGUCGUGGUGUCUUCAGAGCAGCGGUACUCACAUGUGACUGCGAUGAGGACGCAGGCCGCCGACGGCCAGCACUACACCGUCCUCUUCCUGCUGACGGAGUCUGGCUUCCUCCACAAAGUGGCUCUGCUGGAUCAGGGUGCGCUAGUUAUUGAGGAGAUUCAGGUCUUCACACAACCUCAGCUGGUCAAAAGCAUCGUCAUCUCCUCCGCCAAGGGAGUUCUCUAUGUGGGGACGUCAGAGGGCGUGGCCUCUGUACCUGUGGCCAGGUGCUCCGUCUACACAUCCUGCAGCCAGUGCGUUCUGGCCAGAGAUCCUCUGUGUGGAUGGAGCCGGACCAGCAGCGCCUGCACCGGUGUGCACGGCCAUCACCACGACAACAUGGCUCAAGACCUGAAGGACGGGAAUGUGGGGCAGCAAUGUGGAGGAGAAACCACGAGCGAACCGGUCAAAGGUAACGUCUUCCUCAGAGAGCCGAGUUAAAUCUAAAGACAGAAGCUGCUCCGAUACAAUUACAAGAUUCAACUUUUAAUUGCUUUUAUUUUUUUUAUUCCAUCCUUCAUACAUAACAACAAGAGGAUGACAAGAACAGUGGGAUAA